GCAACGGCUACAUUUCCGCUCUCUCUCUCUCCACAAAGCCGGCGAGAAAAUGGGACCGACGAAACGCCACUGAAUCACCAUCGCCUAAGCCAUUGCCUAAUCUUGGAAACUCGAGAAAGGGAUAAGUCCUGAAUUCAUAGCCAAAAAAUUGUGUCGUCUCCGCAACAUCUUCCUAAUUUAACUCACCACCUUCGGGUGAUUCGCCUUCGAUUCUUUCCAUUUGUAAGGAUCCACUCACUCGAUCUCGAUUGGAAAACGCCUCUGUCUCACUCCAUUAUCUCUCCCAGCAUUUUUAAAUUUUCGCCGUGCCCUGUUCUCUCUUGCCCAAUUCUGCUCACCUUUUUGGUGGGUGGGUUGGAAGCGGGAGGGAGGGGGCCCUUUCGGUUUCAAGUUUCUUGAUUCUGAGAGUCUCGACCUCUGAAUUCCAGCUUCUUCGUCUUCGAGGCCUCUAAUUUCGGAGGUUUUUGGUGAUUCUAGGGCUUUCCCUGUAAAUUAGGAUUUGUUAUUUGAAAUCUGGGGGGAAAGAAUUAAUUAUUCCAUGGGUGGUUUAAAUGCUUGCAUGUUAUUGACUUUACUUUUGUUGUUUUCUUGAGGAUUUAUGCAUUUGGGCUAGGGGUAGACCUUUAUUUUCUGUUCUUGAGUCGUCUGUAAAUCCUAUCAACUGUUGAGUUGGUAUAGUUGUCUGAAAGUUGUAAAGUGAAUUCAGUUAAUUUUAAGCAGAAAAGGGUCUUGAAUUUCUCGAGGAAGGUAAAAAGCAUGCAAUGUCUGUUGCUGGUGUUGCUUCUGGUUUGAUUCUCGAAGAAUCUGUACCAUCUUCCGGCUAUCUGAAUAGCUGGUUAGAUCUCUGCUCCGAUGAAUCGAUUGUAAUUUACCUCACCAUCGCUGGUUCUGUGAUUCCCAUGAGGGUGUUGGAGUCUGAUUCGAUUGCAUCAGUUAAACUUAGGAUCCAGACAUGUAAAGGAUUCGUAGUAAAGAAACAGAAGCUAGUUUUUGGGGGAAGGGAGUUGGCACGAAAUGAUUCCUGUAUUAAGGACUACGGCGUUUCGGAGGGAAAUGUCCUGCAUUUGAUUCUGCGGCUUUCUGAUCUCCUUACCAUCACCGUCAGGACUGCCUGCGGGAAGCAAUUUGAGUUUCAGGUUGAUCGCCAUAGAAAUGUUGGUCAUCUCAAGCAAUUAAUUGCUAAGAAAGGGAAGGCUUUUUCUGAUCCUGAGGAUCAAGAACUUUUCUGCAACGGCGAGAAGCUUGAGGAGCAGAGGCCUAUUGACGAUGUUUUCAAUACAGAUGCUGUGAUUCACUUGGUAGUCCAGAAAUCUGCCAAAGUCCAGACCAAGCCGGUGGAGAAAGAUGUUGAACUCUCCAUUGUGGCAGCUAACUGGAUUGAGAGGACUGAUGGACUACAUGGAGGAGAGAGCCGAUCCAAGGAGGUUCAAGUUUUACCUGGGAAGCCACUAAUUAGGGACUUGUUCUUGGAACCAGUUCUUGUUAAUCCGAAGAUUGAAUUGCCUCCUCUGAUAUGGGACAUGAUCAAGUCCACACUUGAUGGACUUGAGAAAGGAAAACAGCCUAUUAGAUCAUCUGAGGGCGCCGGAGGAACUUAUCUCAUGCAGGAUGCACUUGGAGACAAGUAUCUUUCCGUCUUUAAGCCCAUAGAUGAAGAACCGAAUGCUCUCAAUAACCCUCAGGGGUUGCCAUUGUCAAUAAAUGGUGAAGGGUUAAAGAGGGGAACCAGAGUUGGAGAAGGUGCAUUUAGGGAAGUUGCAGCAUACAUUCUAGACCAUCCAAGGAGUGGUCCGCGGUCAUUAUUGAGCGCGGAGGUUGGUUUUGCUGGUGUGCCGCCUACUGUUAUGGUUCAAUGCUUGCACAGUGGAUUUAAUCAUCCGGAUGGCUACGAGUGUGCCCCAAAGAAUGUCAAGAUCGGUUCGCUACAAAUGUUCAUGAAGAAUAACGGCUGUUGUGAGGACAUGGGCCCUCGGGAUUUCCCCGUGGAGGAUGUCCACAGGAUCAGUGUGCUUGAUGUAAGAAUCGCAAAUGCAGAUAGGCAUGCCGGAAAUAUUCUUGUGAGCAAGGACGGGGAAGAAGGACGUAUUGUGCUUAUUCCUAUCGAUCAUGGAUACUGUUUGCCCGAGACUUUUGAAGACUGCACCUUCGACUGGUUGAAUUGGCCCCAAGCCCACCAACCAUACUCCCCGGAAACCCUGGAAUACAUAAAAUCUCUGGAUGCUGAACAAGACAUUGCGUUGCUGAAGUUCUAUGGAUGGGACCUUCCCCUUGAAUGUGCCCGAACAUUACGCAUCUCUACCAUGCUUCUAAAGAAGGGGGCCGAAAGAGGACUCACUCCCUUCGCCAUUGGAAGCAUCAUGUGCAGAGAAACCUUGAACAAGGAAUCUGUCAUCGAGGAGGUUGUUCGCAAGGCACACGACUCCAUCCUCCCAGGUAUGAGUGAAGCUGCAUUUCUCGAAUCUGUAUCCCAGAUUCUGGAUUUCCAGCUCGACAAGCUCGCGAAAUAAUUCUCACUAGAUCUAUUAAUAAUAAGUACGUGUAAUUAUGUGUAUAGAUCGAAUGAGCUGUCCAUUCUGGAUGGACUGUACCUAUUACUAACUACCUAAGGGGGAUGGCUUCCAUUGAUCUCUUUGGGGGCCUGGCAGUUCUCUUUUUUCUUUUUACUCCACUGUUUUGGUGAGCUUGGGAUUAUGUUCAGGCACCAAACAGAAGUCCAAAUCAUAAAUAAGAAAACUGGUUCUUGAUCAAAUAUUACAGAUCAGAAAGGGUUGUUUGAUUGUUUAAGAAGCUGCAUAGUUGUUCAUCCUGUAUGACAAUUACAGAGACAUAGAAGUGU